GGUCAGGCCGCCCGUUGCCCCGUCGUCUUGGGCAGCCGCCGCUGGCCGCUGUCUCGCUCAGUCAAGCCACCUUCUAUCCUUACAGCAUGUCUGCGGCAAACGUCGCCACGCUCGUGGAGAUGGGAGCCACACUGAGGCAGGCACGCGCUGCGCUUGCGAAGCACAAGACAAUCAUGGAAGCAGCCGAUGCGGUCUUUCGAGGCGACUUUGACGGUCCAGCGCUUGCAGCUCAUGUGGACAAUGGUGAUCAUGAAGAGGAAGACGACGACUGUGUCGUGACAGGUGUCAAAAGGACAGCAACGCAAUCGCUCGUCAUAGACGACGACGAAGAGGCAGACGAAGACGCUUUUGAGGAAGCUGACGUAGACAUCGUAAGUAUCUCAUCGGACACAGUCGACCAGGAUGCGGAUCCCUACCUCGGCCUUUCGAUGAGGAAAGAUCGUGAGGAGCUCGUCAUCGAGGUUUUGGAAAAGCCGGCCGAGUUCUUUGUCGAGCUCAAGGAUGAAGGCAGCGAUCAAUGUGGCUCCAAAGUGUGUGCAAAGGAAAUAACGCAAGGCGAAUGGCUCAGAGGCUGUCCUGAAGGCGCGGAGCAAUCGUUCCUUUUCGGCCUCUACAACGACGUCACCAAAUCACCUUUUCCGUGUCCGAAGUGUGGUCAAGUCAACGAGCGCAAGCCAAAGGACCUCUUUGUGAUGCUGCCGACGGUGGAAAGCUACCUAGUCUAUCUGAAGCAGGCCAUUGUGCGUCAGUGUGCUGGUUGCAGCGCAUCUCUCUGCUUGGCUUGUGGCGACGAGGUCUGCGAAUCCAGCAAGUCGGAGAAGGGAAAAUCGAUCUUGGUGCAAGAUGAUGGCGCAAAGGAAGCUGGCCCUCCCUCGCGCCUUCUUCACUGUCCUGAGGUACAAGCAAUAAUCCUCGGCGCCGGCCUCGCUCACUUUGGAGAUCUCUUCGAUGAACCGAAGGAAAAGAUAGUGCGAAGUCAUGACGAAGGGCAAAAAGGCAACCCAAAAAAGAAACUCAAAACAUCGACAGAUGUACCGACGGUAACCAGUGAACCAGCCGGUUCAGAUUCUCAGCCCCACUGGGAUCCAGCCAAAAAGUCCCUUCUCGAUGGCAAAGGCCAUUCGGAGUUCAGCCUUCUCGACGAGAUUCCUUCUCCUGCAUCUUCCACGCCCGCUUGGAAAUCCAAAAACAUUCCUGUAGACAAGGACAAGCCCGGCAAGGGUACGGGCUAUGGAGGCUAUGAUGUAAAAGAGUCAACCUCCUGGCUAGAGGCACACAGCAAGAAAGUAAAGGAGUUCGACAGCCGGGUGUGCCAUGGCCUUGGUGCUCUUCGUCCUUUUCUCCCAAAUCUCAGUCGAGAUCCAACACGAAAGAGUGAUCAUCUCCCUCACGUUGCCUCGAUCGCACAGCUUCGAAGACGUUUCCUGCCAAUUGCGAGCCGCCUGAUGAGCAGUGAAAGUCUCAGCGACAUGUGCGAGCGCCAUGAACUUUACAAGGAGCUCGUCGAGGGGUGGUUCAAACUUUUUGCGGCGCACGAAUCACUCGCAGCUCUGCUCGCUCAGCCAAUUAUGCUUCCAUCGACUAUUGAAGUUGUAAAGAAGCCCAACUUCAAGGAGCGCCAUGUCACCUAUAUGUGCAGUAGAGGACCUCGCGAGCUGGCACAGAGCGUCGUUAUCCAAUGCGAGGGCUUUCUUCGAGGGAUGGAACUUCUCAAACGUAACGAGGCAGAAAGAAUCUCGAAGUUGCCGCCGGUCGAGCCACAAGCCAAGGAGAUUCCCAAGCCGAAGAAGAGCUCGUCGUCAUUUUUAUCCUUGCGCAGUCCUGUGCCUGUCCUGGGCAUUCGAGUACUUCAACCGCAAGUGAGCACUAGUUCGAGCACUAACUCCGUCAAAGCCUUGGACGACGAGUCACAACGGAUGGUGGACUUCGCGAAAAGUUUCUGUAGCUACGUUGGCAUCAUCGACAGUCGUCUUCGCAAGACAAAAGGUAAUGUGUUUGUGGAUCGACUCAUUGGCAUUGCCGAGGCCGAGUUUGGACCAGAGUGUGCGCAUCGAGACCAAUUUGGGAAGAUGGCUGCAAAGAAUUGCGACGACUCUGACCGCAAGACCGCAAAUGAGAAGGCGAUCGCCGCCUACGAGCGAUGGGCUCGAAGUGAACGAUACGCCGAUUGCGACAUGACCAUCACAACGCGAAGUGCUUCUUCUUCCGCACCAAAGUUUGCACACGCUUUCGACAGAGAUAUCAAGCUUGUCAAUGCAGCAGACAAUUCCAAGCGGGGCGUCACCAUUGCCAAAGAGUUGGGAGGUCUUCGAGGCAGCCUCCCGAGCUCGUGGCACGGCAGCAUAUUCCUCCGUGUCGACGAAAGUCGUUUGGAUGUGCUCAAGGCAUGCAUUGUCGGCCCUAAAGGCAGCCCGUAUGAAGAUGGCCUCUUCAUGUUUGACAUCUUUAUGCCAGCAGAGUAUAACAAUGUCAGUCCCCUGGUGUCACUCAGGACGACGGCCGGAGGCAAGGUUCGCCACAAUCCCAAUCUAUACGCCGACGGCAAAGUCUGCCUCUCGCUGUUGGGAACUUGGACUGGCCCUGGCUGGGUUAGCGGUCAAUCGACACUCUUGCAAGUCCUCUUGAGCAUUCAGAGUUUGGUAAUGGGCGUCGAGGAGCCAGCGCUCAACGAACCAGGUUGGUCGAGCAUGGCCGGGCAGCCUUUCAGCACAGCCUACUCCAAGAAUUGUAGGCGUCAGACAGUGGCUGUCGCCAUGCUGGACCAUCUCAAGUCGCCUGAAGCGCUCUGGAAGGACGUCAUCGAGGGUCAUUUUAGGCUCAAGGGCCAAGCCCUUUUCACGCUGCUGGAUAUAUGGCUCGGAGAGGACGACGGUCAUGCGACCGUUUCUGAUGGCGGCCACUACUACCAUCUGAACAGUGAAGAGCGGUCGCAGACAACAAAGAAGGGAAAAGACGAUUUUGCAAAGAAUGUCGAGCAAGUCAAGGUUCUCGUUGGCAAGCUCCAAGAGGAAAAGAAGACAUGACGGCUGUAAAGUCGAAGAAAUAUCAGGUGGCACCUCGACAACAGCCUUGACGAAUACGACCUUUCACACCCGGACUUCACUACAAAGGAUUCGGUAGAGACUUCACACACAAGCCUCCCACAUUGUAUUUCUUAACCUUCAUUGAUUAGGGCAUUUCAUCAUCAAGCAAGCCCUUCUGAUGUGAUCCACCGCUCGACGCUCCGGAUAGCC